AACAUAUAAUAUUCCAUGAAGUUGUCCUCAGAUUUCUAUUGAUUAAAUACGUGGUUAAACGUACACCUGACUAAACGUUUGUUAGAAUUUGUAAUCUUAACGAAGACUCCAUGUGCAAUAUGUACUUGAUUGGAUGUAAACGUUGGGUUAGAGAGGGCCUGGUCCGCUGGCUGGUUUUCUCUAUGACCAGGGCUGUGCUGAGGUAUUGGGCUAUCGGUGCGGCACUAACAGUGUUUGGAUUCCUUCUGUAUUUUGCACAGUACAAGUCUAUCGUGAGGGAAGGGGAAUGGAAAAUAAAUAUUCAGACUGAAAGACAAAAAACUUCUGAUGACACAAACUUCGACGAUGCGGCAGUUGGAAGAAACGAUCCUAACAAAACAUAUUUUCACGUGGAUAAAUAUAAUCUUAUAAACGAAGUUCUUGAAUUAAAAGGGUACUUUAAUGGGUCAGAACAAUCUAGUAUUAAAUCCGUUUAUAUAAAAGGACUUUCCAAUCUUAUUAAUCAAGCAAAGCCUUUUAUAGUAUCAGAUGAAAAAAUAGAACAUGUUUAUCUUGAAAAGGACUAUUUUUUCAAAGUAGACAGAUCAGUAAAGGAAGUCAAUUGUCGCGCAAUAAUUGACGGCAAUGGCAACGAAACACAAAAAGCGGAAAAUGUAUCCAAAACAAAUAAAAAGAUUGGCGUUACAGCUGAAAAAUACAUACAGAUGACUACAAAUUGUUCAGUCUUUAUAUCAGAACGAGGCUAUAUCACAGAUUCUUUAACAGAAGUUGAAAAUAAUUUUCAUAUUGCGUUUAGCUUGCUAAUGUUCAAAGAUGUUGAACAAAGUGAAAGACUAUUACGAGCAAUUUAUAGGCCACAAAACGUAUACUGUAUACAUGUAGAUAAAAAGAGUUCAGAUGAUAUUUUCAAGGCAAUGUCAAACAUUGCUAGCUGCUUCGACAAUGUCUUCAUUGCAAGUAAGCGUUAUAUUGUGAAAUGGGGGACCAUGACUGUUUUAAAACCGGACUUAUUAUGCAUGAAAGAGUUAUGGAACAAAAGUAAAUCAUGGAAAUAUUUUAUCAAUUUAACGGGACAGGAAUUUCCGUUAAGAACAAAUUACGAACUGGUGCAGAUAUUAAAAGCUUACAAUGGUGCAAACGAUCUGGAGGGAACCAUUGAACGUGCCAAUAAAGACAGAUGGACGGCUGCGGGAACCCCACCGCACGGGAUUGUUCCAGUAAAAGGAUCUGUUCAUAUAGUAGCAAGCAGAGGCUAUGUUGAUUUUGUUUUACAUGAUCAAAGAGCAUAUGACUUUUUAAAUUGGACAAGUCACACCUUAGUGCCUGAUGAAACUUUUUUUGCAUCUUUAAACCAUAAUCCAAGUUUAGGAGUACCAGGAUCCUAUAAAGGCUAUCCGGAGACUGACAUGAAAGACAAUAUCAAACCAUUUCUUGCACGUUUUAAGAAUUGGGGAGCUGGGAAAUACGACUAUCCUUGCAAGGGUCAACGAGUGCGCUUCAUCUGUAUAUUUGGAACAGGAGACCUUCCACUGCUAGCAUCAAGGCGAGAACUUUUCGCGAACAAGUUUUAUUUGAACUAUCACCAUUUUGCCUUAGACUGUCUGGAAGAGCUUAAUUUUAACCUAACUAGAGACGAGUAUCUCGGAAAACUUGUAUUCGAUCCAAGAUGGUAUUCAAAACUUGGAUUUGUAUUAAACAAAGUGGAAUAAACCAGUGAGAAAUAAAACAGAAUGACAAUAACUACGGUGACUUAUUUGUAACUGAUGAACAUGCUUUUAAAGCAUUUGCAAAGCCGCGAAGUUAAGAUCUGAAAACUGGGUUGAAUAUAUUCAAUUUUAUCUAAAGUGCAAUAUUAUAGUACAUGAAGAGAAGUUCGCAACGUAUUGGCUUUAUUAACAUUUUGCCAAAUAUUGUUAAUUAAUGUUUGAACUGAAAAUGAUUAGUGAAUAACUUAAAUUUGUGCAUUUUCUAUCCGUUUUACAGUACCCUGGAAAAACCUAAGGAUUCUUUUAAAUGAUACUUUUAUUUUGUUUUACAGUUUUAUGUGUACAUUCCCUUUCCGACUGUUGAUUCGUUUUAUGAUAUGAGCCGCACCAUGAGAAAACCAACAUAGUUCAAGUCGCUAACAGUUUCUCUGAUUGCAAUAGGCUUUGAAAGCGAACAGUAUGGAUCCUGACGUGACUGCGCGGGUGCGCAUGCUGGUCGCAAACGCACUAUAUUGGUUUUCUCAUGGUGCGGCUCAGUUAUAAAGAUUUUGAGCUCAAACUUGUUGUAUUUAAGUGCUCAUCAAACAGCUAUCUAUUUACAUGCACUUGGUUUUGUUUCUGUCACAUUUAUGAACAUUUAAAGUACAUAUCAAAUAAAUAAUGCUACAAAAAUAACAA